UCCAAUGAGAACACAGAUUUUCAUUUUCUGUCGUAAAACGUUUCACUACAGUUUGCGCUAAAGAACACAACCCUGCAUGUAGUUACCUACUGUAUCUGCCCUCUAAUAAGUCAAGUUGUAUAGAGGCCUGUGGAGACAGGACAAUGGAGGCUAGUAGGCGUUUGGCAGCUCUCCUGCAUACCCGCACAGUGCUCGGGAAACACUUCUGGACGCACAACUUCUCCGUCUCCCUACUUUUGGAUGAGCUGGGCAAUGUGCCACGAGUCACGGGGUUGAUUUUCUGCAAAGUUCGCUUGCUUGAUGGCUCCUUUACUGAGGAAUCUCCAAGACUGGAAGUUCUGCACAACUCCGUGCAAUGGGGAAAGAUGUUUGAAUUUGAGUGCAGAAUUGCAGUCAACAGCUUGUCUGGAGUCUUGGAUGACUGCAUGUGUAGACUGUCAGUUCGCAAGGACACAAAGGGAGGAAAGUCAUACCAAAAGGUGGGUUACGCCGACCUCAACCUGUCUGAGUAUGCAGGCUCUGGGUAUGUGACCCGACACUGCCUCCUAGAGGGAUAUAUGAACAAGGACAACAAGCUGGACAACUCCCUUCUCAAGGUGGGCCUACAGAUGCAGCUGCUUCAGGGAGACCCAUGUUUCAGAGUUCCUACCCACCAUUCACUUCCAAACGGAACUUUGUCAUCUGAGAAUGUUGAGCAGCCCAGAGAAAGCACAUCCAGUCACUCUGAGCCUGCGAAAUGCUCAUCAGAGGACACCCUGAGAAGGCAGCUGGCGAUGAAGGGUGGGCUGCUGCUGGAUUCCAUGCCCAGUCAGAACCCGGAGGCGCAGGAGAGGGCCAGAGUUGCCGGUCAGUUGACUCGGGUCGGGAACACACGGGUGGAUGCCAAGGAUGUGGUUGAAAAUCUCUGUCUGGAGAGCUUGGGCUCAGUAUUUGAGCUCCCUGCUCCCAUGGAAGAAGCUGGACUUGCACUCUUUGUUGGUCAGGAUGGCACCACAACCCUUGGUGUCACUCACAUACAGAACCGGGACUCCCAUGCUGGCAGUUUAGAGAAUGUCAUCAUAAUGAAAUAAAGAUGUUGAAAUAAAGAUGUUUC